CAAACAGCCUUUCUAGGACACGCAGAGAGACUAUACAUUAUAACUUUGAUUUGAUAGAGAACUCUGGUGAAACAGGUGCAAAAUGCUCACACUCAAACUGAUUGUUUUUGCUGGUUUGGUUUCCAUUGUUGCUGCAGGACGAUGGGCACAAAUCUGUGAUGGGAAUACUUGGAACAGCAUAAGGGGCUGUGAUAAGUAUGGCUGUGGAUAUUAUGGAGCCCCAAGAAAUGGCGGAAAGCACCUAGCAGUGGACGUUAUAUGCCAGGACGGAUCAGGAGUGUAUGCUCCUUUUAGUGGCCUGAUUGUGAGACGCAUUAAACCCUUUGGAAAUAAUAAUGCCAUUGAUGAUGGAAUCUUACUCCGUGAAGUAAAAUCAGGUUCUUGCAUAAAACUGGCCUUUAUCAGGCCUUUGAGAAGCAGAGGCUGGAUCAGGAAGGGAUCUAAAAUUGGAAUAAUGAUGCCAAUGCAGAGCGUGUAUCCUGGUACGAUAUCUCAUGUUCGCAUCCAGAACUGUGACUACUCAAAUCCUACUGGCAACUUAUAAAUGGAAACUUACAUGAAAUGGAAGUGUACAAAACCGCAAAUAAAA